GCGUUUCGACCAAUCAGAAGCCGAGUGUAGAUCGGUGCAUGUGGCGGAACCCAGGGAGGCUAGCCGCCGAGGGGAUUAAACUGUAACGUUCAAAUUCUCCGACCCGUCGUUCAAACGGGAUGAAGCCCAUCCUCAAUAUUCUCCGUUGUAGAUGUUCCUUGACACGACGCGCAGCGAAGGAGAGCGAUGUCCCUGCCAGCUGCUAAAUCCCCGGACAAGAUAAACCUCCAGGCAGAAAUUGAGGUGUGACAACAGGCCAGAGUGCGUGGUCAUCCGUCUGUGUGUGUCUGUGUUUAUGGUUGUGUAUGUUUAUGAGUGGUGGAGCAGCUGGGAGUUGUAAGGUGACGCCAGGAUGCUGCUGUCCCUGGGAAUGCUGAUGCUGUCGGCCACACAGAUCUACACCAUCUUCACUGUUCAGCUAUUCGCCUUCCUCAACCUGCUGCCCGUGGGGGCCGACAUCGCUGCGUACUCGUUUGACAACAAAACGGAGAACUUUGAUGAUCUGCCUGCGCGGUUUGGCUAUCGGCUGCCCAGCGAUGGACUGAAGGGUUUCCUGAUCGGGGCGCGACCAGAGAAUGCGUGUGAGCCCAUCGAGCCCCCACCCAGGGACAACAUGACGGGCGCCUUCAUCGUCCUCAUCAGGCGCUAUGACUGCAACUUUGACAUCAAGGUCCUCCAUGCUCAGAAAGCCGGAUACAAGGCCGCCAUUGUUCACAAUGUGGUCACCAAUGACUUAAUCAGCAUGGGAUCCAAUGAUCUGGAUAUUAUGAAGCAGAUCGAUAUUCCCUCCGUGUUUGUGAGCGAGCAAACGGCCAACUCUCUGAAGGAGGACUUUGCGUAUGACAAAGGGGGGCAUGUGGUCCUCAUGCCAGACUUCAGCCUGCCGCUGGAAUACUACCUGAUCCCCUUCCUCGUCAUUGUGGGAAUCUGCCUCAUCCUCAUCGUUGUUUUCAUGAUCACCAAGUUUGUCCAGGAUCGUCACAGGGCUCGGAGGAGCCGCCUGCGUAAGGAUCAGCUGAAGAAACUUCCCAUCCACAAGUACAAGAAAGGGGACAACUACGAUGUGUGCGCCAUCUGCCUGGACGAAUACGAGGAAGGGGACAAACUGCGCGUCCUGCCGUGUUCUCACGCCUACCACAGCAAGUGCGUGGACCCCUGGCUGACCAAAACCAAGAAGACGUGUCCGGUGUGCAAGCAGAAGGUGGUCCCCUCGCAGGGCGACUCCGACUCCGAGGAGGGGGGCAGCGGCCCGGACGAGAACGAGGAGGUGUCGGAGAGCACGCCGCUCCUGCGCUCCCUGGCGUCCACCAGUGCCCACUCCUUCGGCACCAUGUCGGGGGCGUCGCGCUCGGAGCGCGACCAGGAGUCCUCCGACUACGACGACGACGAGCUGGACAGCAGCGACAGCGAGGAGGAGGUCACCGUGGAGACCGUGGUGGUGCAGAUGCAGCAGCCCUGCUGCGAGGGCCCAGAGCACGACCUGCCCCGAGCUUGACCCGAUCACCGGUCGCCCACGGAACGGCCUUGACCCUCCCCCCCCGCCUCUCCGCCGCAGAGACGUCAGUUUGGAGGGCCGCGAAACAGUUUCCCUCUUUCCUGGCACCGCUUAUAAGACAUUGUAUUUUAUCCGCCCCCUAAUGAGUUCAAUUAGAUUUUUUUUUUUACAUGAUUACGGACUAACGGGCUGCCAGCCGGGCGACAGGAAGUCGGCGUGCGUGAGGCAGACGCUCAGCUACCGUAGACACGCAGCAAUCCCGCUCAUCCAUUUAAAGUGUAUAUAAAAGUAAUAACAAGUUACUGCUUUAUCGGAAACGUUUUUGUAUAUACACGUUCAUGCUACACUGACACUUUUCGGAACGUUGGGCAGUAUUCUUGUAAAAAUUCAACUUAACAUUUAAAGCCACAGCGAUAUGGUCUUGCCAAUGUAUUUCUAGCCUUGUGUAUGGAGGAGCUUGGUGCUUCGGUCUAUUCUGCGCCACAGUUCAUCAAUUAGUGAUUUGCACGAAAAGAAACUGCUUUUGUUCAUGAAACUUGUUGCCUUGUCUUGUUAGUGUUCUGCUCAUGUAUGACUGUACAAUACAAAUUUACUUCAAUAAAAUACUUGACUCAG